UUGCACACCACCGUUCCACAGUGCUUUAGUAACAUGUACCAACCAUACCUCAAUCAGGCUGUCCAAUCGCUACAAACGCUUAGCUCAGACGAGCUGAGAGAUUUGCUUGGCGAUGACGAGAAGCUAGACGAACGGGUUGCUGAAGCGGUCAAGUCGUUAGAAUCAUCAAAAGAUUUGAUAAUUGGCGAAAACCGAAGUCUUGCAGAGGCGAACCUGGAAUUUGAGCCACAGAUGAUUGAACUGCGUUCAAGAGUUCAGGAACUGGCCGAGGAGUGUGGCGCUCUUGCUGAAACCGUGAAGCAGAAAAUGAAUGAACUUACUACCAAAUCCGACAAAUCAAAUGCAGAGACACUGCUUGCUCUUCUACAGACAGCCGCAGCAGAAAGUGAGGAAGAGUCAGAAAAUAUUGUCAAGCAGUUUCUAGACAGUGAACUGACGGCAGAUGCGUAUUUGGAACAAUUUAUGGGUAUUCGUAAAUUGAUGCACAAUAGAAAAGUGAAGGCGGAAAAGAUGACUGAUUUGCUUCGCAGUAACCGACCUCAAACGCAAAGAUAUGAUGGCCGAUAUCCGUCGAUUUCAUAUCCAUCUCCGUCAUCUUCUACACAUAGUGGCUACUAUCCUCCACCAUCGAUGCCAGGACCCAGCAGUGCCGUGCCAUAUCCUGUUGGCCCUUCAGGGAUGCCGAUGCCGAUGUCAAUGUUUCAACCACCAAAAUUUUAACCUUUUCCUUGCAAAUGCCUUCGUAAUUACUCUCCUUGCAACAACUGAUAUUUGCCAGAUAAGAAAGGAGGAGAGGUCGAGCCAUUGAACAAAUGCUAUAUCAAUUGUUCCAAAAGCUCAAUGGGAAAUAGGACUAUAUAUAUAUAUAUGUUUCGACGAAUUGGUCGCCAAAAUGGCAACAUCUGGAAAAGCUUAAUUUAUUAAGUUAGAAUGUUAAUACAGCAAAUGUGAUUAAUUUGCUUCAGUUGUUUGUUCCUGCAAAAAAGGGUACACCGUGUGCAUGAAAUAAAAAAAGAAAUAUUACUG